CUGCUGAUGGAGACUAACAUUUUUUCUUCCCAAUUUGCAGCAGCCAAAUUACCACCCACACCCGAACUCCUCCACAUCAAACGCCCAUCAUGUUGACAGUGAAUCGGGGCCUCGUAAGCAUGCACAAUGGACUGACUAUGAGAUGCAAAUUUUUGUCGCCACCUAUGAGACCGUAAUCGCUGAUGGACACCGAAAUGGGAAAUGCUUUACCAAAUACGAAUGGCAGACAUUGGUUCACUUAUUUAACACGAACUCCGGGCACAAUUAGAGCAAGCAACAGCUGAAAAAUCGAUGGGAUGCACUCUUUGAAACACAAGAGAUUUGAAGAAUUGAUCAACAGCAGUGGCGUUGCGUACGACACGUCCACUGGCUUGAUCAGUGCCUCGACGGAGUGGUGGGAUCGAAAGAUGAAGGAAAGGAAAGAGUACAAGGACAAGGAUUGUCGAGAGUUGUACCGAUACAUGGUUUUAUUCGGGGAUGUUUUCGACUGCGAUAAGUACGCAGUCACACCUAGCCAAGCAUGCCGCACUGGCUUCGCCAUGUUCGAAGACAGUGCACACGAAGAUCACCGUGACGAGAUCACAGUCGAUGUAGAGAGUAGCGGCUUAAGCAACGAGGGCGGUGUAGCCGCACCAUGCUCGACGGCCAGGGAUGAAUCUGGCCCGCAUAGCGGGGACAAACGGAAGGCUGCCGAGAAGCGAUCAAAGGAGAAGAGGAAGAAGAUUUCAUCUCGGGACGUGUCAUACUUUGUGGACCGUGCUACCUCCGCCAGUGAGAAGAUUGCUGCAAAAAUUGACCACUUCAUCGGAGCGGCUGUGUCCGACCUGAAGACAUGCAUGAGCGAGUUGCUGGCUACGGGUCGACUUCAGAAGCAAACGGAUCUGUACUUUUACACGUGCAAGUUCCUGUCGCAGAGGGCCAAUAGAGAGGUACUGAACAUGCAAGACAAUGCAAACGACAAGUUUGCUUGGGUGGAGUGGAGCUAUCAGGAAUAUAGGAAAACACAGUCGAGGUGAUAUAUGUUUGUGUAGAUUGCGUACACGUCCGUGGGACGUUUUAAAUUUUUCUUACUAUUGAUUAUGUUUACAUGUACUAUGUUUGAUGUGACGACAUUUUGUUUGUGUCUACUAUGUAUGGGGGAUAGUUGCCUAAGUUUGCUUUUUGCAGUUGAAACGUUUUA